AUGGCCAGAGAAAAUCCAUAUAAAAGACAGAAAUUAACAUCAGGACAAUUUCAUAGAGCACAAGAGAUUUGUUUAUUUCCACCAACAAAAUAUGAAGAAUCAAAAGCAACAUUAAAAAAUUUCCCACUGUCUAUAGUAAAUGGAGUUACAAUGGAAGGAGGAUUAUAUUCAUUAACUUUUAAAUCUAUUAAUUGUGCUACAUAUGUAGAAAAUAAUGAAUUAAUGAAAAGAGUAUUUAAAGUGAAUCCAUUAGAUUUACCUAAAUUAAGUGAUGUAAAUUUGGAAAAAUUGAACGAAUCUUUGAAAAAUGAUAUAAGCCAAGAAAAUGAAAAAAUAACUACAAAGACUGAAAAUCAAGUAAGUGAAUUACAAGACGAUCUUCAAUCUUCUAUGGAAAAUGGUCAAGGGUUAGAUAAAUUUAAGAAGAAAUUUCAAGAACGUUUUGGAAAUGGAAUUUCUUUUACAAAUGAUGAUUAUAAAAGAGUUUCAAAUGUGAAAAUCCCUGAUUUGAAAGUCGACAAUAUAGUAGAUGUCAAAUAUCUAGAUAUUACUCCACAUACAGUAGCUCAACAAAUGGAAGCUAAUGGUCCAGAAAAAUCCGAAUCUGAAUCUGAAUCCGAAUCUGAAUCCGAGUCUGAAUCUGAAUCUGAAUCUGAGUCUGAAUCUGAAUCCAAGGAUCAAGUUGAAAAACAACCAGAAAGUGCAACCAAAGAACAAGUUGAAGAACAACUGAAACCUAAAGAGCCAGAAUCAGUUGAGAAAAAACUUGAAGAGGAAGAACAAACACUGAAUGAUAUUGUAUAG